AAAGGAAAAAAAGGCGUGCGCUUUGAGUACUAUAUAUGCGGUUAUUGAAGCAGCCAAUCACAGCGCCGCGCCCGCAUUCCAUUCUCUGAAGACACGCCCACGUAGAACUGUCAGCUGCUCAGUCAAAGAUGGCGCUGUUCUGUAGAGGGUUGUGCCGCGGAACUUCAUUGAUCUUACUGUACGGAAAACGACCUGUCGGGGUCAAAGCAAGUCUCUGCACACCUAGACUGGCUUCCACAAAAUCCAGUAGUUUGUGGUUUGUUAGACACUACUCACCUUCACAAGCAAGACAUGGAAUUAGUCGAAGCGUUGUGUCCGGUCUGAAAUGGGCCAAUGAGAAAUAUGAGAGAUUCCUGCAACGUCGCUUUCCACGAUUUUACGUUAUCUAUCACACUUUUAUGAGAGGUUUCCGGCUCCUGUUUCAAGAUGGUACAGACGUGAGAAGAAUCGUAGCCUGCAUGCUCAGUGAAAAAACAGAGUACCAGAAUUUGCCUUACCGUGAUAUGGAGAAAAUCAGGCAGGUCCGCAGGGACUUAAUCAAAGCCAUUCCAUUGGUCAUCUUAUCAGUACCUCCUUUUGCCAACUAUGUGGUCUUCAUCCUUAUGUACCUCUAUCCUCGCCAGCUUCUGAUCCGGCACUUCUGGACCCCACAGCAGCUAGUGGAGUUUCAGGGGGUGUAUCAUACCCAGAGAGCACAGCACCACUGGGCUAUAGUCAAAGGGCUGGAGAGCACGUCAACAUCUGUCCAAGACAGUCGCAUCAAAAUCCGCCUCUUGGAGCUCUGCAGUAAGGUCCGAAGUGGAGUCCAUCCUGUGGUGUCUGAUGUCCAUGCAGUGAGAACUUUGUUCUCUGGGCCUCCCUUGGGUGUCAAGAGAAUGUAUGCAGAUCAGAUGAGGCACCUGUGUCCUUUGCUCUUCCUGACGCCCCGCCUCCCAGCCUUCUGGAUUGGUCGACGCUUGAACAGCCACUCCUUAGAACUCAUGCAGCUUGACCGCGCCAUUGUUCGAUUAGGCGUGCACCAAUUAAACGAUGCGGAGCUCAGAGAGGCAUGUUACAUGAGAGGGCUGAAUCCUGACCGUCUGAGUCCAGGGCAGUGCCGGGAAUGGCUCACACAGUGGUUGCAGUUCUCAACACACCUCAAAGAGUCAGAGACCUCCCUCUAUCUGCACUGUAUGGUGCUGCUCACUGUAAACUACCCUAAACACCCACGUCACUGACCUCAGAAGGAAGUAGAUGACUUCUCUUCCUAAUGCCCAGUGCUGAAAAUCCACCACCACACCCAAAGGCAAAACACCACGGGAACAAACAGACUCAUGUUUGCAAAUUCAAGCAGCGCAACA